CUCAAAUCCCGGCAUUAUGCACGUGGACGACAUGGCGGAGGAGCAGUCAAUGUUGGACCGAGCACAGGUGAAGAAGGCGGUGCAGGCCUUGCAGGCUUACCUCAAGAGCACCUCCACGUCGGAGUCUCUGCUGCUGAACGAGAGCCAGCACAUCUCGCUGCUCCUCACGUUUUGGAAGAUCCCCAAGCAAGAGCAGACCAUUCGCAUCCCUUUGCCACAUGGCAUACGCUCAGACACAGGAGAGGUUUGCCUCUUCACCAAGGAUGAGCCCAGUAUGACACCAGACCAGACUGAGAGGUUCUACAAGAAACUACUGACAGAGAAGGGAGUCAAGGGUGUUACAGAGAUAAUGCCCCUCAAAGUGCUGAAGACUGAAUACAAGCCCUAUGAAGCCAAGCGGAGGCUGCUGGGGAACUUUGACCUCUUCUUAGCAGAUGCUCGCAUUUACCGCCUUCUGCCCUCUCACAUUGGGAAACACUUCUACGAAAGCAAAAAGGUUCCUCUCUCUGUGAACCUGCAGAGCAAACAGUUGGCACGUGACCUGGAACGCGUGAUCCAGGGCUCCACUCUCCGCAUCAACAAGAAGGGUAGCUGCUGCAUGGCUUGUGUGGCUCAUUCUGGGAUGACCGUUGAUGAGGUGGUGGAGAACAUCAUGGAUGCAGUCAGCACCAUUACAUCUAAACUGCCCAUGAAAGGAAACGACAUCAAAAUCAUCCAUCUGAAAAGCCAGACCUCUGUGGCUCUGCCCAUCUAUACUUCGGACCUGAAUCACCUGGCCCUGCUGGAGGAAGCGAAGCCGAAGACCGCCUCUUCUAAGAAAGUGACAGACAAAAAGAAGGCUAAAACAGGAGGGAAGCCUGUUCAGAAGGAUGCUGGACAAGAGGAUACACUUCAGGAAGAAGAAGAAAUCCCACAGCUGGUUCCCAUUGUGUCUCCAAACAAAAAGGCCAAACGAGAGAAUCUGUGCAAGGAGGGACUUGAAGAAGCACCCAGGCCUGCAGGAGUAAAAGGAAGGAAAGGCCAGAGGCCCACGGGACCUCCAUCAGAAACCCCCAGUAAAACAGGAACAUCAAGCAAGAAGGCACCAAAUGGUGGUGUAGCAAAGGAGGGACUGAAGCUGAAGACCCCCAGCAAGGGCAAAGGGACUCCUGGCAAAGUCCAAUUGACCAAAUCUGCAAAGGCACAAAAAACCCCUGCAGGGAAGCGGAAAAGAAAAGUGCCCCAGUCAUGUUAGUUUCCACACUGGCAACUAACUACUUCACCUUCAUCAGACUUGAAGGCUACACACAAACAUCUGUCGAAUUAAAUGGACUUCUCUUUCACACUGGUACUGGUUUUCUUCCAUUAUGAAAAUCAUGACAGAAUAUUCUGUAAGAGACUUGUAUAUAAAUGCUAGAUCAACAGCCUGAUAUGUAUGCUUUCAAAAUUGAAGAUGGCACCUGGAACAUAGAUUUUAAUAUAAUUUGAGUCUCCAUACAUGUGCCUAGAUGGUAUUAGGGCUCUUCUACAGUAGCCCCACAGUUUUAUAGGGAGUACAUAAUGGUCUUGUGUAUCCAUUUUUUAUCAAUUCAUGACAGACACAUUCUUUGCCCAUGGUUAUGUUUGU